AUGAAAGACCCAACAACCAUCGAAGGGACGCCGAGUCUCUCCUCUGGUAACUCGCCAACAGAAAACAUCGAGCCAUAUGUUCUCGUCCCGGGCAUCAUCAGAGCAACAAAGAGCAACCGAGAAGACUUGGUCAGUCAGUUUCUUCACGACGAUCCAAGAUGUCGGUUUGCCGUUGACGAAAAUGGACGAACUGCCCUCCACUGGGCAACUGAAUAUAACUACGUCAAAAUAAUCCAUAGGAUUCUCAACUCUGCAAAUUUUGCGAUUACUUCUAUGGGUGUUCCGUCAUUACUGAAUGUUCCUGAUUCACGAGGACAGACUGCUCUUCAUGUAGCUUGCAACUGUAGGAGAGAAGACAUUGCAUCGUUGUUUGUUACGCUUGGGAGCGAUGUGAAUAUCAAGGAUGGGUCAGGGAAUACAGCACUGCAUCGGGCUGUGCGUAUGAACCUGGAAACUGUAGCUAUCUUGAUGUGUGAGUUUGGAGCCGAUGUUAACGCUUCAAAUAGUCUUCUCUGGACCCCAACGCACGAAGCAGCCAGAACAGGCAACGAUAACAUUCUACGAGCCUUGAUAAACCACAAUGCUGAUCUGGACGCCUUAACCCAAAAUAAUAUGACGCCUUUUCUUACAGCUUUCUUCUACUAUAAAAUCGCCUCUAAGAGCAGUUCUUACCCCAACCUGGAAACAAUCUGGAAGAUGCUGAUCGAAGCCGGGUGUUCACUUUCCUUAAGCGAUGGCCAUUGGACGCCUCUGACAGCUGCCAUGUCAUGUGACCACAGUUUCAUCGCAUCCUUGCUUCUGUUUAACGGCUGCAGGAUCGACAAAUUCGGCCGUUGGGGGAGAGGACUCCUUCAAGACGCUUUCGGAUGCAGCGAACCAAUGCUGGUGAAACUGCUAGUCCUUCUAGGCUACAUUCCAACCCCUGACGAGGUUACCUACUGCGCCAAACAGAUCUCCAUGUACUCUAAGGUUUUCACGAGGUUCUCAGGAAUGGGUUCCUGUUUGCAUAGGGACAGACAAGCAGUGGUCAAGUGGCUCAGAGAGCGAGAAGCUAGCCCUCCGUCGUUGGCGGAAUUCUGUAGAGUAUCUAUUAGGUCUGCAAUGAACGUGUCAUCAGGGGAUAAGUCAAUUAUUGGUAACAUUCAACUGUUGCCAAUUCCAGGAAAACUGAAGCAAUUUCUCACUCUUUGUGAUUUUACCCAUUAUCUUGUUAACUGA